GAGGGGUAGCCUAUCACAUCAGGUCGACGGAAAUCUUUAACAUUUUCAAGAGAGGAUGUAUUAAACGUGGUCCAGUGGACUUUUUACUAGCUAAGAAAAUGAGGAUUAAAACUGGAGUUAUAUUUUGGAAUCUCGUAUUUUUUAUGAUGGUCACGUGUGUGCGAGGUUUCAUAUAUACGUGCGGUGGGACUUUGAAAGGAAGGAAUGGGACCAUUGAAAGCCCCGGUUUUCCAUAUGGAUAUCCCAACGGGGCUAACUGCACGUGGGUCAUCGUAGUGGAAGAGGGCAACCGCAUUCAAAUAGUCUUUCAGUCAUUUGCGGUGGAGGAGGAAUAUGACUUUUUAUCGCUCUACGAUGGGCAUCCUCAUCCAGCCAACUUCAGGACGAGGAUAACAGGUUUUCAAAUGCCGCCUCCAGUCACCAGCACGGGUUCCGUCUUCUCCCUGCGCCUCACCAGUGACUUUGCCGUCAGUGCGCACGGCUUCAAAAUUUACUACGAAGAGUUGCAGAACAGUGCCUGUGGGAACCCGGGCGUCCCUCCGAAAGGCAUCCUGUCUGGCACGCGCUUCAACGUGGGGGACAAGAUCCGCUACAGCUGCGUGACGGGCUACGUGCUGGACGGCCACCCCCAGCUCACCUGCAUCACCAACAACGCCAACAUGGCCGUGUGGGACUUCCCCGUGCCCAUCUGCCGAGCUGAGGACACAUGUGGUGAUACUCUGAGGGGUUCAAGUGGCAUCAUAUCAAGUCCCAAUUUCCCGAGUGAAUAUUACAAUAAUGCGGACUGUACGUGGACCAUACUUGCUGAUCCGGGAGACACCAUUUCCGUCAUUUUUACAGACUUCCAGACGGAGGAAAAGUACGAUUUCUUGGAGGUGGAAGGGUCGGAGCCGCCGACAAUUUGGUUAUCGGGGAUGAAUGUCCCGUCACCCAUUGUCAGCAACAAGAACUGGCUGAGGCUACACUUUGUAACCGACAGCAACCACCGAUACAAAGGCUUUAGUGGCCAUUAUCAAGUGAAAAGGUCCGUAGAUUUUAAAUCUAGAGGAGUAAAAUUAUUCCCAGGCAAAGACAACAGCAACAAGUUUUCUAUCUUGAACGAGGGCGGCAUCAAACAGGCGUCCAACUCCUGCCCGGACCCCGGGGAGCCUGACAACGGCAAGCGCAUCGGCUCCGACUUCAGUAUCGGGGCUACAUCUCAGUUCACCUGUGACGAGGAUCACGUCCUCCAGGGCUCCAAGACCAUCACCUGUCAGCGGGUGGCGGAAGUGUUCGCAGCGUGGAGCGACCACCGGCCUGUCUGCAGAGAGAAAACGUGUGGCUCCAAUCUUCAGGGUCCCUCCGGUACUUUCACAUCACCAAAUUUCCCCAUCCAGUAUGACAGUAACUCCCAGUGCGUUUGGAUCAUCACCGCCAGUAACCCCAAUAAGGUAAUACAGAUUAACUUUGAGGAGUUUGACAUGGAGAUCGCCUACGACACGCUAACCAUCGGCGAUGGAGGGGAAGUCGGUGACCCAGCCACCGUGCUUCAAGUUCUGUCAGGCAGCUUCGUUCCCGACCUCAUCGUCAGCAUGACCCACCAGAUGUGGCUGCACCUCCAGUCGGACGAGAGCGUGGGAUCCAUCGGCUUCAAGAUCAACUACAAAGAAAUCGACAAGGAGAGCUGUGGAGACCCGGGGACGCCUCUGUAUGGCAUCAGGGAGGGCGACGGCUUCCUCAACGGGAAUGUGCUUCGCUUCGAGUGCCAGUUUGGCUUCGAGCUGAUUGGUGAGAGGACCAUCUCCUGCCAGGACAACAACCAAUGGUCUGCCAACGUCCCCAUGUGCAUCUUUCCUUGCCUGUCAAACUUCACCGCCCCAACGGGGACAGUGCUGUCCCCGGAUUACCCAGAAGGCUACGGCAAGAACCUCAACUGCGUCUGGCUGAUCCUGUCCGAGCCGGGCAGCCGUAUCCACCUAGCCUUCAACGACUUCGACCUUGAGGCACCCUACGAUUUCCUGACAGUGAAGGACGGCGAGUUCCUGGACUCCCCCAUCCUCGGGCGCUUCUCAGGAGCGGAGGUGGUCUCGCACCUCACCAGCAACACCAACAUCCUCAGGCUGGAGUUCCAGGCCGACCACUCGAUGUCCGGCAGAGGGUUCAACAUCACAUACACAACUUUCGGCCACAACGAGUGCCCAGACCCCGGCAGCCCGCUGAACGCCCGCCGCUUUGGCGACAACUUUCAGCUGGGCAGCUCCAUCUCAGUGAUCUGCGAUGAGGGCUUCAUCAAGACACAGGGUGCCGAGACCAUCACCUGCGAGCUGGCCAACAGCAAGGUCAUGUGGAGCGGGCCCAUUCCCAAAUGUGAAGCCCCAUGCGGCGGCCAUUUCUCGGCUCCCAGCGGGGUGAUCCUGUCUCCGGGGUGGCCGGGCUACUACAAGGACUCGCUGAGCUGCGAGUGGGUGAUCGAGGCUGAGGUGGGCCGCUCCAUCAAGAUCACCUUUGACAAAUUUCAGACGGAGAUCAAUUACGAUUUCCUGGAGCUGCACGACGGCCCCAAUCUGCUGUCUCCGCUGAUUGGCUCCUUUAACGGCAGCCAGGUCCCUCAGUUCCUGUUCAGCACCGCUAAUCACCUGUACAUGCUCUUCACCACUGACAACAGCCGCUCCGACAGCGGCUUCAAGAUCCUCUAUGAGAGCGUCACUGUGGACACCUAUUCCUGCCUCGACCCUGGCAUCCCUGUGAAUGGCCUGCGCUACGGCCAGGACUUCUCCAUCGGCUCCACGGUGUCAUUCGGCUGCGACCCAGGCUACCGGCUGAGCCACGAAGAACCACUGGUGUGUGAGAAAAACCACUGGUGGAGCCACCCUCUCCCCACCUGCGACGCUCUGUGUGGGGGUGACGUGCGUGGCCCUGGCGGCACCAUCUUGUCCCCAGGGUACCCCGAGAUGUACCCCAGCUCCCUGAACUGCACCUGGACUGUGGAGGUCAGCCAUGGCAAAGGCGUCCAAUUCACCUUCAUCACCUUCCACCUGGAGGACCACCACGACUACCUGCUGAUCACAGAGAAUGGCAGCUUCGUCCAGCCCCUGGCCCGCCUCACCGGCUCCGACAUGCCCACGCACAUCAACGCCGGCCUCUAUGGCAACUUCAAGGCCCAGCUACGCUUCAUCUCUGACUUCUCCAUCUCCUAUGCUGGGUUCAACAUCACCUUCUCAGAGUAUAACCUGGAGCCGUGUGAGGACCCCGGAGUGCCACCCUACGGCCGCCGCAACGGCUACAGCUUCGGCAUCGGGGACACGCUCACCUUCUCGUGCAAUGUGGGCUACCGGCUAGAGGGGGCGCUGGAGAUCAUCUGCCUGGGAGGGGGACGGCGCAUGUGGAGCGCACCUCUGCCAAGGUGUGUGGCUGAGUGUGGUUCAUCUGUCAUCAACAACGAGGGCAUCAUGUUGUCCCCGAACUACCCCAUGAACUACGACAACAACCAUGAGUGCAUCUACAGUAUUCAGGUUCAAGCAGGCAAAGGCAUCAACAUAUCGGCCAGGACUUUCCACUUGGCUCAGGGGGACAUUCUCAAGAUCUACGACGGCAAGGACAGCGGGGCUCAUGUGCUGGGGGCGUUCACCGGCUCAGCCAUGCUUGGCCUCACUCUCAUCAGCACCUCCAACCACCUCUGGCUGGAGUUCUUCUCCGACGACGAUGCCACGGGCGAGGGCUUCAAGCUGGUCUACUCCAGUUUUGAGCUUUCCCACUGCGACGAUCCAGGUGUGCCCCAGUUUGGCUACAAGGUCAACGACCAGGGCCACUUCUCCGGCAGCACCAUCACCUACAAGUGCAACCCUGGCUACACCCUGCACGGCAGCAGCGUGCUCAAGUGCAUGACGGGCGAGAGACGCACCUGGGACAACCCGCUGCCCUCCUGCAUAGCUGAAUGUGGGGGUCGAUUCAAAGGAGAGUCUACUGGCCGCAUCCUGUCGCCCGGAUACCCGUUUCCCUACGACAACAACCUCCGUUGCACCUGGACUAUUGAAGUCGACACGGGCAACAUCGUCAGUGUACAGUUCCUGGCCUUUGAUACAGAAGCCUCCCACGACAUCCUGAAGGUCUGGGACGGUGCCCCCGAGAACGAGAUGUCCUUGCGGGAGGUGAGCGGCUCCCUCCUGCCCGAAGGCAUCCACAGCACCCUCAACAUGGUCACCAUCCAGUUUGAGACCGACUUCUACAUCAGCAAGUCCGGUUUCGCCAUCGAGUUCUCAAGCUCAGUGGCCACAGCCUGCAGGGAUGCCGGCGUUCCGAUGAACGGGAGCCGGAACGGAGACGGCAGGGAGCCAGGAGACACGGUGACCUUUCAGUGCGACCCGGGCUACGAGCUGCAGGGGGAGAUGAAGAUCACCUGCAUCCAGGUGGAAAACCGCUACUAUUGGCAGCCCAGCCCGCCCGUCUGCAUAGCUCCUUGUGGGGGUAACCUCACCGGCUCCUCAGGGUUCAUCUUGUCCCCAAACUACCCGCACCCGUACCCACACAGCAAAGACUGCGACUGGUUGAUAGCGGUCAACACGGAUUACGUCCUGUCACUGGCAUUCAUCAGCUUCAGCAUCGAACCCAACUACGACUUCGUCUACAUCUACGACGGGCCGGACAGCAACAGCCCGCUUAUCGGCAGCUUCCAGGACAGCAAGCUGCCCGAGCGCAUCGAGAGCAGCUCCUACACCAUGUACCUGGCCUUCCGCAGUGAUGGCUCCGUCAGCUACGCCGGCUUUCACCUCGAGUACAAAGCCAAGCUGCGGGAGUCUUGCUUUGACCCGGGCAACGUCAUGAACGGCACCCGCCUGGGCAGCGACUACAAGCUGGGCUCCACGGUGACGUUCUACUGCGAGGCGGGCUACGUGCUGCAGGGCUACUCCACCCUCACUUGCAUCAUGGGCGACGACGGCAGGCCCGGGUGGAACAGAGUGCUCCCCAGCUGCCAAGCCCCUUGUGGUAGCCGGUCCACUGGUAACGAGGGCACCGUCCUGUCACCAAACUUUCCCCGGAACUACACGUCAGGCCAUAGCUGUGUGUACGCCAUUUCUGUGCCGAGGGAGUUUGUCUUGUUUGGACAGUUUGUGUUGUUCCAGACCUCCCUCAACGACGUGGUGGACAUCUAUGAUGGACCCACUCAGCAGUCGCCCCUGCUCUCCUCACUGUCUGGCUCACACUCAGGGGAGUCUCUUCCGUUGAGCACAGGUAACCAGAUCACUGUCAAGUUCACCACCGUUGGCCCGGAGACUGCCAAAGGAUUUCACUUUGUUUACCAAGCGGUGCCACGGACGAGUGCCACCCAGUGCAGCUCGGUGCCCGAGCCACGCUUCGGCAGGCGCAUCGGAAACGACUUCGCUGUGGGUGCGUCCGUGACAUUUGAAUGUAACCCAGGCUACACCCUCCACGGUUCCUCAGCCAUCCGGUGUGAAGCGGUGCGCGACGCCCUGGCACAGUGGAAUGACUCCUUGCCUACGUGUGUCGUGCCAUGCGGAGGGGUGCUAACAGCGCGCAAGGGUACCAUUCUGUCCCCGGGUUACCCAGAGCCCUACGACAACAACGUGAAUUGUGUGUGGAAGGUCUCGGUGCCUGAGGGGGCUGGAAUCCAAAUCCAGGUUGUGAGUUUUGCCACCGAGCAUAACUGGGACUCCUUGGAGUUUUACGACGGUCCAGACAGUAACGCUCCAAGACUAGGAAGCUAUUCAGGAACAACCAUUCCCCCACUGCUGAACACCACCUCCAACAAUCUGUACCUCAACUUCAUCUCUGACAUCAGCGUGUCGGCAGCCGGUUUCCAUCUGGAGUACACAGCCAUUGGGUUGGAGUCAUGCCCAGAGCCUCAGACCCCCAACUACGGCAUCAAGCUAGGCGACCGCUACAUGGUGGGGGAUGUAGUUCAGUUUCAGUGUGAGCAAGGAUACUCUUUGCAGGGGAAUGCGUACAUCACGUGCAUGCCAGGCCCUGUGAGGAGAUGGAACUACCCAGUGCCACUCUGCCUAGCUCAAUGUGGCGGGUCCAUGAUCGAGGUCAGCGGUGUGAUUCUGAGCCCCGGGUUUCCUGGCAACUAUCCCAGCGGACUGGACUGCACCUGGACCGUCAAACUGCCCAUCGGCUUUGGCAUCCACCUGCAGUUCCUCAACUUCUCCACGGAGGCCAUACACGACUACCUGGAGGUGCGCAGUGGCCACGCAGAGACGGGCGCCAUCAUCGACCGCUUCAGCGGGCCCCAGGUGCCCUCGCCGUUCUUCAGCACCACGCACGAGACCAACUUCUUCUUCCACAGCGACUACUCCCAGAACAAGCCCGGCUUCCAGAUCACAUACCAGGCCUACCAGCUGCAGAGCUGCCCCGACCCACGGCCCUUCCAGAACGGCAUUGUGAUCGGCAACGACUUCAGUGUGGGCAUGACGGUGUCGUUCGAGUGCCUGGCGGGCUACUCUCUGAUCGGAGAGGCCUCUCUCACGUGCCUCCACGGGAUCAGCCGCAACUGGAACUUCCCUGUGCCACGAUGUGAAGCUCUCUGUGGAGGGAACAUCACCUCUAUGAACGGCACCGUCUUCUCACCGGGCCACCCCUCCGAGUACCCCAACUUUCAGGACUGCGUGUGGAACGUCAGGGUCCCUCCUGGCUACGGCAUCUUCAUCAACUUCACCACGCUCAGCACGGAGCCCAUCUACGACUACAUCACCGUUUGGGACGGCCCUGACCAGAGCUCACCCCAGAUUGGCCAGUUCAGUGGGAACACGGCGCUGGAGUCGGUCUACACCACGUCCAACCAGAUCCUCAUCAAGUUCCACAGCGACUUCAGUGGCAGCGGCUUCUUCGUGCUCAGUUACCAUGCUUACCAGCUGCGAGUUUGCCAGCCGCCUCCAGAGGUUGCCAACGCAGACACGCUAAUGGAAGAUAAUGACUUUGAGAUAGGUGAUAUCAUCCGCUACCGCUGUCACCCCGGCUUCACGCUAGUGGGCAGUGAGAUUCUGACGUGCCGUCUGGGGGAGCGACUGCAGAUGGAUGGCCCCCCUCCCACAUGUCAAGUGCAAUGCCCUGCCCACGAUGUGAGGUUCGACUCAAGCGGGGUGAUCCUGAGCCCGGGCUACCCUGACAGCUACCCCAACCUGCAGAUGUGCUCAUGGAGCAUAAACGUGGAGAAGGGCUACAACAUCACACUCUACUUUGAGUACUUCCAGACCGAGAAGGAGUUCGACGUCCUGGAAGUCUUUGACGGCCCCACCACUCACAGCCAGGUGCUGGCCUCUCUGAGCGGCGACAUCACCACGCCCUUCAACAUCACCACCACGGGCCACCAGCUGCUGCUGCGCUGGACGGCGGACCACGGCACCAACAAGCGAGGGUUCCGUAUCCGCUAUGUCGGUGAGUAUCAAACGCUGUACUGCAGCACGCCCGACUCCCCGCUGCACGGCUCCGUCAGCAGCCAGACCGGCGGCCACGUCAACAGCCAGGUGCGCUGGGCCUGCGACCGCGGCUACCGGCUGGUGGGCCAAGGCACGGGCGUCUGCAAGAAGACCACACACGGCUACUACGACUGGGACACACCCGUGCCCGCCUGCCAAGCGGUGUCCUGCGGAGCCCCCAAAGCGCCGCUGAACGGGGGCGUGCUGGCGGCCGACUACUCGGUGAGCACGCGCGUGACCUACUUCUGCAACGACGGCUACCGCUUGUCCUCCAAGGAGCUGACCAGCGCCGUGUGCCAGCCUGACGGCACCUGGAGCAACCACAACAAGAUCCCCCGCUGCUCAGUGGUGGUGUGUCCCAGCAUUGGCUCCUUCUCUCUGGAGCACGGGCGGUGGCGCAUCGUCAACGGCUCCCACUACGAGUACCGCACCAAGAUCAUCUUCACCUGCGACCCUGGCUACUACCGCCUGGGCCCGGCCAGCAUCCAGUGCCUGACCACCGGCGCCUGGAGCUGGAAGAACGACAGGCCACGCUGUGAGAUCAUCUCAUGCGGGCAGCUUCCCUCCUUGCCCAACGGGAAGAAGAUCGGCACACAGGCCACCUUCGGGGCGACGGGCAUCUUCACGUGCGACGUUGGCUACAUGCUGGUGGGCUCCACAGUGCGCGAGUGUCUGUCAUCGGGCCUGUGGAGCGGCACAGACACCCGCUGCCUGGCGGGCCACUGUGGGACCCCGGAGCAGAUAGUGAACGGUCAGGUGAUUGGGGAGAACUAUGGCUACAGGGAUACGGUGGUGUACCAGUGUAACCCGGGCUACCGCCUCAUCGGCUCCUCUGUGCGGAUCUGCUACCAGGACCACAACUGGUCAGGAGAGCUGCCCGUCUGCGUCCCUAUCAGCUGUGGCCACCCGGGCAGCCCCAUCUACGGUCGCACGGUGGGCAACGGCUUCAACCUGGACGACGCGGUGAGCUUCUCCUGCCACACGGGCUACGUGAUGGAGGGCCCGGCGCGCGCUCAGUGCCAGACCAACAGGCAGUGGAGCCAUCCGCCACCAACGUGUAAAGGUGGGGAAAAAAUGGUCAACUGUUCGGACCCGGGCAUCCCAGCCAACUCCAUCAGGCAGAGCAAGAUCGAGCACGGCAACUUCACCUUCGGGACGGUGGUGUUCUACGACUGCAACCCGGGCUACUACCUGUUCGGCUCAGCGGUCCUCAUGUGCCAGCCCACGGGCCAGUGGGACAAGCCUCUGCCCGAGUGCAUCGUGGUGGACUGUGGGCACCCGGGGUCUCCGCCCAACGGGCUGCUGGUCGGGGACAAGUUCACCUUCGGCUCCACGGUGCGCUACUCCUGCACGGGCGGCCGCAGGCUGAAGGGCGAUUCCUCGCGCACCUGCCAGCUUAGCAGCUACUGGAGCACACCUAUGCCCUUCUGCUCAGGUGACUCGUCGGGGACUUGUGGGGACCCCGGCACCCCGUCUCAUGGCGGCAGGAGCGAGAGUGACUUCCGCAUCCGCAGCAAGGUGCGCUUCAACUGUUCCGUGGGCUACACCCUGCACGGCUCCACCGAGAGGACCUGCUUCCCCAACGGCACCUGGUCUGGAUCGCAGCCCUCCUGCAGACCGGUGCAGUGUGGGAACCCAGGGACCCCGAGUAACGGACGGGUGUUCCGGCUGGACGGCACCACCUUCUCCCACUCGGUCAUCUACUCCUGCAUGGACGGCUACUUGCUGUCGGGCUCCACCACCCGAGAGUGCCUGGCCAACGGCUCCUGGUCUGGCAACGCCCCCAACUGCACCAUGAUCCACUGCGGUGACCCGGGUGUACCCGCCAACAGUGCCAGGCUCGGUGAGGACUUCACCAUCGGGCAGAAUGUCAGCUUUGUGUGCCAGCUGGGCUACGUGAUGGAGCCCGAGGGCUCUCCCGUCCGCACCUGCACGGGCAACGGCACCUGGAGCGGAGUCAUGCCCGCCUGCCGAGCCGUCACCUGCACCGCCCCAACUUCCAUCUCCAACGGCGUCCUGGAGGGCAGCGACUUUGAGUGGGGCACCAGCGUGAGCUACAGUUGCACCGCCGGCUACGAGCUCUCCUUCCCCGCCUACCUCACCUGCGUGGGCAACGGCACCUGGCAUGGCGAAGUCCCGCAGUGCCUGCCCAAGUUCUGCGGCGAUCCAGGCGUCCCUGCCCAUGGCUCGAGGGAGGGCCGGAGCUUCAUCUACCAAUCAGAGGUGUCCUUCAGCUGUAGCCCGCCCUACAUCCCAGUGGGCAGCACCACGCGUUUCUGCCAGGCUGAGGGCACGUGGAGUGGACUACAGCCUCGCUGCAUAGGUACGACCUUUGACCUUUUAACGACCACCUACCAUUGGGAUUCAUGGCAUUGUGUCAGUGACCUUAUAAUUUGUUUACGUAUUGGCUUUGUAGUCACUUAAAAAAGGCUCACUUAUACAUCAGAUCAUAGUCAAUCAAAAGUAAUAGUCCAAAUAAAAAGUUUCUAUCAAAACGUUUGAAUAGCAAUGAAAGUGACCAUGUAUAUUUCAAUGAUGAACUCAACUGAAUGCUUCCAAAGACCAGGGGAGGCCCAGAGGAAAAGUGUUGCCUCCUGAAAAAUAUCACACCCUCACUGGGAGCACAUGAUUGAUAGGUUUGUCAUCAGUCCAUGGUGAUGGAUAGAUGCUUCUACACCUGUAAGCACCACUUGAUGUAGGAGCUCCACAGAGACAUUUAGGACUGUUGAAAUGUCAUCUAAAUGUUUCAAUGUAAAUGCUACUAAAGCACCGUCUCCUAGUCAGAGUCUCUAGUCCCUACGGUGUGUGUCAGUACUGUCUGACAAGGCAUAUACCGGAGACUGAGCCGACAGGCUGACGAGAGUUUUGUAGUAAGCCAAUUUGACCUGCCUGAGUGCUGUUCAAACACACACUGUUUGUCUCCAAGACAACAACUUGGCUUUGUGAGCGUGGAUUUGUUGGUUCCUCUCAGUAGGAAUGCAUGAGCACACUUUACUUUACUUCUAAGGCAGAGUUCAGCUAAGUUCAAGGCCCUUUCUUUUAUGGGGAUAAAAAAUAAAAUGUGGAAUAUAAUACGGAAUAUGGAAAAAAGGAAAACAAAAAAAUGUGCAGCACCAAGGAUAUACUGCAAAUAACAGUGCUGUACUGUAGUUGCAAUCACCUUAUAUAAUAGAAGCACAGAAGAAGAAUCUAGACAGAAAUAUAGAAAAUAUAAAUGUAUCAACCAGGUAUUUACAGACAUUAAUCUACACAUUAACUCAAUUUCAGUUUAAAGGUGUGUGUAAUGAGUUUUGCUGUUGCCUACAUGCAUAUUAUACAUAUGAUGUCUUUAAUAUGGCAUUUGGAUAUAGUAGUCUGCCUCAAACAAACAAACAACCAAACACAUGGUCAUUUGUAACCAUGCCAACAAGUUAGGUCUGAACCCUGGCAUUUCACACCCUUGCAUACCCGCUCGAGGUUGGUGCGAAUGAAAAAGAAGGGCUGGUAUGUGUAGUCAUACUGGCAUACUGCUCAACCACUCAUGGGAAUUGAAUUGUGAGCAGACUAAAUGGCUAAAUGAGUUAGGACUCUAUCCCUCCAGGGCUCCAUCCCACUGACCGCGAUUCUUCCCCUAUUCUUCUGGCCUCACGGAGGGAGUGUGGCCGCCAGCGGUGCACACAUCGCCCAGACGAGGCCCAAUUAUGUCUCAGAGGCAGCUGAACUUCCUCACUCAGAGAAGAAACACACUCAGAGAAGAAACACACACUCAGAGAAAGAAACACACAUU